GGUGGUAUCGCCUAAACUUCGGUGGGGUUCAGGGAUUAGGCUUGUGGCUGCCUUACGCCGUGUUAUCUUAUCAAGCAUCAUCACCUUUUCCACUUAGCACGACUUGAUCCUUCUCGCAACUGAGUUCAGCGUAUUCACAACCAAUCUCUCGGAAUCUUGCAGUGCUACUUGUCCUACACUAUCCUACAACCUCACCUUUGUAUCGUGCCUGGGCUCUCGCACUCCAUUUUCUGUCAUCUCAUCAAGGGUCUUUCCACAGCGCAUAGCGACACAGCCCAAACCUGGGCCCCCCACAUCCACGAUGUUGAAGAUAUGGUCGAUGAAAAAGGAGCAGAAGGAGGCAGAGAACGCAGAGGGCCAGGCGACGGGUGGCAAGAAGAAGAAGGUGACUGCAGCUCAGCUGCGCGUGCAAAAAGAUCUUUCAGAACUUUCCCUCGGAUCGACGAUGAAAACAGAGUUCCCCGACCCCGAUGACAUCCUUAACUUCGUACUCACGAUCGACCCUGAUGAGGGUAUGUACCGAGGCAGCCGCUUUACCUUCGAUUUCACCAUAAACCAGAACUUUCCCCACGAGCCUCCCAAAGUCCGAUGCCGAGAAAAGAUCUACCAUCCCAAUAUCGAUCUUGAGGGCAAGGUCUGCCUGAACAUUCUACGAGAGGAUUGGAAGCCAGUGCUGAACUUGAAUGCUGUGAUUGUUGGCCUGCAGUUCCUGUUCCUCGAACCCAACGCAUCGGACCCGCUCAACAAGGAGGCAGCUGAGGAUCUGCGAAACAACCGAGAGGGAUUCAAGCGCAACGUGAGGACUGCUAUGGGUGGCGGAGUAGUCAAGGGCAGGACAUACGACAGGGUCCUGAAAUAGAUUUGGAAUAAGACAAAUAACAGGAGUCGCAGAGAUGGAAAAUCCGAAGGGAUGGGCCGUUAAGAUUUUGGGACGAUACAACGACUUAAUGGGUGUUUGAGACAGACAAGCAUUUGAUAACAAAGAGCAUCGCGUGGCGUCUGAUAAAUCCAUGAUCUUGAUUAGGCAAUCCUUCAGCUCCCAAACUUUCCAUGAUUCUUGAUAGUGACGGGUUUUGGUUGAGAGGAGAGCCAAUGGCGAGAGGUGGAGUAGAGUCGACCGGAGCUGAGCUUGCGAUGCAUGCUCGCGAACAUGAUGAUCCCAAGCUCACUUCAACCACCUAAUCUGUAUUGCCUUUUUGAGUCAGAGGGAAUCUUAGUAGAGGGUUUCCCGUAGCCCAGUG